AUGAACUCUAUAAUACAACAAUAUUUCAAUCAAAUUGCUUAUGGUAACACUAUGGCUCCGUUGACUAAUCCAUAAAGAGUUCUUGAUCUUGAUCACUUGGUUCUCUUGAUUUCAUCCUUUCUAGAAGAUCAAGAUUUACUACAAUUUAUAUAAACGAAUUCAAAGAUAAGAAAUUUGUCAAAGGGAUGCAAUUAAUUGAAUGUGAGAGUCUUAUAAAUUAGAUUAACCAAGUAAAAAAUAAUCUUAGAUAACUUUAUUGAAGAUCCCAGUUUUAUAAUUAGUAAGCAUCGUAACAACUGUUAUUUUUAUAAGUUCAAUCAUUAAAAACUUGCACAGAAAUACUUUAUAAAACUCUAAGAUUUACUCAAAACUAAAAAGGCUCAAUAAUAAUCAUAAAUAUAAUUAUAAAAUAAUAAACCUUAAUAAAAUGAGUAGCUAAUCUAAACAGUAUUAACAGUGUAGACUGAAAUUCCAAAAAAUGAUGUGGAAAAACUGAUUUCAAACAUUUACACUUUAAUGAAUGAAGAACCUGAACAACCCAUUAAAACAUAUAAAUUAAAUAUUAAAAUUAAUGAUAUUACCAAAAAUUUAUGCCCAAUUGUUCAAUAUAAUAGAGUCAAGCAAUUAGCCAACAAAAUUAAAGCUAAGAAGUAAUAUGAAGUUAUUCAUUUAUGA